GCGGGUUUUCAACUCAAAAAGCGCUCAAUUUUUUUCUUUUCAAAAAAAGCUGAUGAGGUCGGAAAAAAAAAGGGGGGAGAAGAAACCGGCACAGUCUCUACAGCAGCAACAGAAGCAGCAAUUGUUUGAGCGGAAAAAGGAGUAGGAGAGGGAAGGAAGGAAAAGAGUAGAAAGGGGGACGACGUUCCCAAUGUCUGUUGGGUGAAGGGACAAGCCAUUGGGGGGGAGGAGCGCCGGCUACAAAAGAAACUGUCACCGGGAGCGCUCAGCUCGGGAGAAGGCGGUGCAGCCGGGCUCCGCUCGGGGGCACAGCUGGCUGGCGGCCGCUCUGGUCGGCGGUACAGUCUGGGAGCACCGGCUUGGGGGACCGCGAGAGGCUGGCGAGGUGGCACCCGGCGCCCGAGCCGCUGGGCUCUCGCCAAGAAUACGACGGGACUGGCAGCGCCCUGGGACUGUGAUUGCUGUGCCACGCUCAGAGCUUGGCUUGCGCCUCCCCGGACCCUCGGGAUCUCUGGAGACUCUCUGAAAUCCAGGAAAGGAAAGCAAAGGCAGCAGCUCCACCAGCGCCUCUAGUAGGAAGUCUGAGUUGACUUGGUCGUAGGCGGGAAGUCACUGGUGGGCUGCCCGGUGCAGCCGCGAUGCGGCCGCCAGCUGCCCCAGCAACCCCAGCUCUGUAGAGGCUUCUCGCAACGCCCUCGCUCUUUCUCGGACUGCUAGGAGUCCCAGGACCCGGCGGUGCCGGCAUGACCGGCUUGCCGAGGGCCCGCCGCGCGCCGGGCAGUCUCCGGAGACGCGCGCCCAGCCUGGCUCCCACGGCCUCGGAGGCUCGGCGGGGCUUCGGCAGCCGGGCGGGCGGGCUUCGGAGCCUUCCCGUGCCGCACUAGCCCGCGGCUGGGCCGGGACGCACGUUCAGGCUCCUCCCUAGAAGUCGAAGCUACUGGUGUGUCCUUAGGACCUGUAAUUUGGGGGGGGGGGUGCUAAGGAACUGCUACUCCCGUUAGCCUUUGGCGAUCUUCUUUUAACUCCCCCUCCGGAGCAACUCAGCAUCCAGCCUCCGCAGCGCUCAGACUGCCACCCAGGACUCUGGACAAGCCCUUCGGCUAGACGGAUGGAGACCAACCCCCACCAAGGACCUGCCCCUGCACUUCUGGCUCGCUCGGCUCUAGUCACCACCGUGAACCAGGGACCGUAAAGAAUGGCCGAGCCUUGGGGGAACGAGUUGGCGUCCGCAGCUGCCAGGGGGGACCUAGAGCAACUCACUAGUUUGUUGCAAAAUAAUGUAAACGUCAAUGCACAAAAUGGAUUUGGAAGGACUGCACUGCAGGUUAUGAAACUUGGAAAUCCUGAGAUUGCCAGGAGACUACUACUGAGAGGUGCUAAUCCCGAUUUGAAAGACCAAACUGGUUUCGCUGUCAUUCAUGAUGCAGCCAGAGCAGGUUUCCUGGACACUUUACAGACUUUGCUGGAAUUUCAAGCUGAUGUUAACAUCGAGGAUAAUGAAGGGAACCUGCCCUUGCACUUGGCUGCCAAAGAAGGCCACCUCCCCGUGGUGGAGUUCCUUGUAAAGCACACUGCCAGCAAAGUGGGGCAUCGUAACCAUCAGGGGGACACCGCCUGCGACUUGGCUAGGCUCUACCGCAGGAACGAGGUGGUUAGCCUGAUGGAAGGAAAUCAGGUGGAGGGAGCUGCUAAUCUGCAAUGAGUGUGGGGAGGGCUUUCCCACACUGCCUUCUAUUUUGUCAGUAAUUGGUUCACUGUCUUAUUUCAACCUAUUUGUUAAAAUUCAGUUUUGUUAUAUUUUAAGCAGCUAGUUAAAUCUUCUGAAACUGCUAAGUGGAAAUCUUAACACAGAUUUAUGGCUAUAUUUAAGCAACAUUUUUUUUCUUCAGCAAAAUCAUAAGUUCUAACAUGUAAUUGCAAAUAGCUUUGGCUUUCUUCUGCAUAUAUAUAUAUUUCUUUUUCUUUGCUUUUUCCACUAUCAGUCUCAGUACCUACUUGGAGACUUUGUUUUUAAAAUGGUUUGUUCUGAUGCUUCUUUUGCCUAAUUAAAACACAUUUUCAAAACA